AUGGCCAGCGACAUUGAAUUCGAUGUUGAGUCGCUAAAGACCAGCCAAAUUCCCACGAACCUGCUCGCGAUGAUGGCAGAGAAUGCUCCGUCAGUCGUCGCAGCCAGAAAUCCAAACGUUUACGCAGGGAAAGGGAAACAAGCACGUAAAUGGAAAUGGGAAUCAUUCACGAAUCCAGCGAGAUCAGAUGGACUACAGCUCCGUCACUGGAAGCGGCUAGAUGAAUUCGAUGAGCCAUACCCGUACGCUCGAUUCAACACCACGUCCGAGCCAUACAGCUACAGCGAGGAUGAGUACGACAGAAUGCUCCAAGACGUAACUUGGUCGAGGGACGAGACGGACUACCUCGUCAAGCUCAUACACGAAUUCGACGUGAGAUGGCCAGUUAUCUGGGACCGCUAUGAGUGGAGAUCCGGUAGAACUCUCGAGGAUCUCAAAGCGAGGUAUUUCGACAUCUGCCGCAAACUGAUCCAGUCGAGAAUUUCGAGCGACGAAAGCAGCACAAACCAGCUUCUCCAAGCUUAUCAAUUCGACAAAGAGCGCGAAAUGAUGCGCAAACAAUACGUCAACUCGCUCUUCGCACGCACACCACAGCAGAUCACCGAAGAGGAGGAGCUCUAUAUAGAAGCGAAGCGGAUAGAGCAAGAUGAGCGCAAGUGGCGAUGCGAGCGCGACGAGCUAGUGCGCACGGUGUCUAUGUCCCGCAACGAGAAGCGCAAGGCUAGUGGAGGAGCUGAUAUAGCCACAUCCACACUCGCUCCUAUGUCGACAUCCAACGAAGAGCAACCACACAAACGCACAGCUAAGAGCGCUGCGUAUGACGCUCAGCACUAUAUCACUCGCCCUUCGUCCCACCUCCCGCUCAAAUCCAGCUCUAACAUACCGCCCUUCAGUAGAGCUACCAAACUUGCACAGAAGAUAACACCGCAGCGCAUCAGAGAAUGCCUUCAGAGUAUGGGGUUGAGUGAUAAGCUGCAGUACCCGACAGCUGCCAAUGUCGCUAAAUAUGAAGGCGUCAAAGAGGCAACGGCGCAGUUGCAAGAAAUACGCAGAGCGCAUGAGAGAGUUGCAAAUGAAUUGCGCCUCGCUAAGGGCAUCAGCGUGUCUGCAGACGAACGGGCAACUGCUUCAACACCCGUGGCCAGAGCGGCGUCAGAACACCCUACUCCCACCUCCACGCCAAAACCCACAACACCCGCACCGGAGAACAGCAUGGGUCUGAGCACAGACUCAAGUGAUCCAAACGAGUCCAACGAUCUCAACAAAAGACGCAAAUUGUAA